AUGGGCUGUCCGAAUUGGUACAGUAUCUUCUGUUCCAGUGUAGUAUUUGAUAGCAUUUUAAGCAUUUUCAUCUACAACCAGCCUUUCUUCUCCCGUAAUGGUGGUGGCCUGACUUGCUCCCCUCUCUGCAGCCAGAUUUACUGCCAAGGGGAGCUCCUGCACCAAGUUCAGAUGGCCAAGCUCUACCAGGACGACAAACAGUUUGUGGACAUGCCACUGUCCUCAGCUCCAGACCAAGUGCUGCAGCGCUUCAACGAGCUGGCUGAGGCCCACAACCACAGCAUCCCUCAGCAGCAGCUGCAGCUGUUUGUCCAAGAACAUUUCCAGCCCGUGGGGCAGGAGCUGGAGCCCUGGACUCCUGAAGACUGGAAAGAGAGCCCCCAGUUCCUGCAGACAAUCUCAGACCCCAACCUGCGAGCCUGGGCAGGGCAGCUGCACCAGCUCUGGAAGAAGCUGGGAAAGAAGGUGAAGCCAGAGGUCCUCACCCACCCUGAGCAGUUCUCUCUGAUCUACUCAGAACACCCCUUCAUUGUGCCUGGCGGGCGCUUUGUCGAGUUCUACUACUGGGACUCCUACUGGGUGAUGGAGGGUCUGCUCCUCUCUGAGAUGCCCGAGACAGUGAAGGGCAUGCUGCAGAACUUCCUGGACCUGGUGCAAACCUACGGACAUGUCCCCAACGGGGCCCGCGUGUACUACCUGCAGCGGAGCCAGCCCCCACUCCUGACCCUCAUGAUGGACCGCUACGUGACUCACACCAAUGACACCGCCUUCCUACGGGACAACAUUGAGACCCUCGCCUUGGAGGUGGACUUCUGGGCUGAGAACAGGAGCAUCUCUGUGAGCUCGGGUGGAAAGAGCUAUGUCCUGAAUCGCUAUUAUGUCCCUUAUGGGGGACCCAGGCCAGAGUCCUACAGCAAAGAUGCAGAGCUGGCAGAUACCUUGCCGGAAGGGGACCGAGAGGAUCUGUUCGCCGAGCUCAAGGCUGGGGCUGAGUCUGGCUGGGACUUCUCUUCACGCUGGUUCAUCGGAGGCCCAAACCCCGAUUUGCUCAGCAGCACCCGAACCAGUAAAUUUGUGCCUGUUGACCUCAAUGCCUUCCUAUGCCAGGCAGAGGAGCUGAUGAGCAACUUCUACGCCAGACUGGGAAAUGACACCCAAGCCACAAAGUACAGAAAUUUGAGGGCACAGCGCUUAGCUGCCAUGGAGGCCAUCCUGUGGGAUGAGGAGAAAGGUGCCUGGUUUGACUAUGACCUUGAGACUGGAAAGAAGAACGCAGAAUUUUAUCCAUCCAACCUUGCACCGCUCUGGGCCGGCUGCUUCUCUGACCUGGGUGACGUGGACAAGGCUCUGAAAUACCUGGAGGACAGCCAGAUCCUGACCUACCAGUACGGGAUCCCGACCUCUCUCCAGAAGACAGGCCAGCAGUGGGACUUGCCCAAUGCCUGGGCCCCCCUGCAGGACCUGGUCAUCAGAGGUCUGGCCAAGUCUCCUUCACCUCGGGCCCAGGAAGUGGCUUUCCAGCUGGCCCAGAAUUGGAUCCGAACCAACUUUGAUGUCUACUCCAAUACAUCAGCUAUGUAUGAGAAGUAUGACAUCAGCAACGGUGGACAGCCAGGGGGUGGAGGGGAGUACGAAGUUCAGGAAGGGUUUGGCUGGACCAAUGGAGUGGUCCUCAUGCUCCUGGACCGCUAUGGUGACCGGCUGAGCUCAGGCACUUGGACAGUUUUCCUGGAGCCUCACUGCCUCGCAGCUUCCCUUCUACUUAGCCUCCUGCUCAGCCUCCUGCCACAGUGACGGCCCCGUCUGCCCUCACUUCCUCCUCUGGCUCCAGCUCCUGCCUCAUUAAACCUCUACCUGAGUCCCUACCUUCUCCUGCCUCUUCAUCCUCCAUCCCUGGAGACUCCAUGCCCUCCUAUGCCCCCAGCCAGUCCUCAGUCAUCGUCAGGUGGAGGCAGGGUAGGGACCUGGAGGUCAUGGGUUGGGCCCUGGGUCCCGCCUGGAACAUUUAACAAGGUGGAGAUCCUGCUUAGUGAGGAAGACCUAGCCCUCCUACCCCACAUAGCCCAGCCCGGUGGGCUCCACAACCUGGACUCCCAAGACCUAGCCCUCCUACCCCAUAUACCCCGCCCAAUGCCCCCCACAACCUGGCCUCCCAAACACAUACUCCAAAUGCUUUAUUGUUUUGCUGAGACACUUACAAAUACUGAAAAUCACCCAGCCGGGCCCAGCAACCAUGGCCCAGUGCUGGGAAGGGGGGCAGGAAGGUGGGCUUAGUGUUAAGGCGGAAAGGGCCGAGGCCACACAGCUGGAAGCCUGGUCCUCUGCUCUUCAUUUUCAUUAUCCUUCCAAGGCAAAAGGGAAGGCAGCCAGACCUCAGGGUCCUCCCCAUCUGCUGCUUCCUCUCCUGCUCAGGCCUUCCCUCAGGGAGCAUCUGAGCAGCUCUCUGUCCCUGUCAGAAACUCAGCCCUGUACAGGCCCUUUUAGUUUCCUCUCCCAUUCCCAAACCUCCUCCUCUGGUCUCUAGAUCCCCUGGCUUCGUCCCUUCUGGCUCUAAGCAAGGCACGAGUGGAAGGGAGAGGGCUGGACUAGGGGCCCAGUAGGCUGUGCAUCAGGGCCUGGAGACACAGGCAGGGGGCAGGGAGAAGGUGUCCAGUCCCUUCCCCCCAUCACGAGAUGCCAAGGGCCUGGGCUGGAGAGAUGAUGGCACGUACCCUCAGAUGGGCCCACAACUGAAGCAGUGGGCUGAGCCAUGGAGCCAGGGCAAUUAGUAUGUAACCAUGGCGAUGAAACAGUCACUAUGGUGACCAUGGUGAUGGGUCUGCAAAAAGGAAAUGGGGCUGGGACCUCAAGGAUGACACUCGAGGUCUCUGGCCCUUGAGGAAAGUAAUAAAAAGUAUAAA